AUGAUAAUCCUAGCUAUAAUAUUUUUGGCGACCUGCGUUUUAUGGUUGUAUUGGGCCGCAAAAGCCCGACACAUGGACCAAAUGACAGCGUCUCUACCAGCACUACCAACUUUACCACUUAUUGGCAAUGGUUCCCUCUUUCUAGGAGAUACACAACAGAUCCUCAAAAAUCUAUGGACACUCGCAGACUUGGCGUUCAAACAUAAGAACUCGGCGAAACUAUGGCUCGGCCCUAAAUUAUACGUAGCCAUUGGAGAUCCUGAAGACGCCCAAGUAGUUCUAGAAAACUGUUUAGACAAAGAUGUAGUGUAUCGUUUCCUACGGCCUUGGCUUGGCCACGGACUGUUCGUGGCUCCAGUAAACCUAUGGAAAGCGCAUAGGAAAGUGCUACUUCCAGUUUUCCAUAACAAAAUAGUGGAAGAAUAUUUGGGCGUAAUUGCGGAGCAGGCAGACGUGCUCGUCGAGCGGUUGAAUGAACGCGUCGAUGCAAAGCAGUUCGAUGUUCUGAAGUACAUAACUGCUUGCACCUUGGACAUCGUUUUUGAAACUGCAAUGGGUGAGCGUAUGGACGUCCAGCAUUCUCCUGACACUCCAUACCUGCGAGCUCGCCAUACUGUCAUGGAAAUCCUGAAUAUGCGGCUGUUUAAGGUCUGGCUGCAGCCAGACUGCAUCUUCAACCUCACUCCCUACGCCAAGCAGCAGAGGGAUAACAUCGAUCUUACUCACAAGUUCACUGAUGAGGUGGUCCAAAAGAAGCGUUUGGAAUACGAAAGGAAGAAAGGUGAUCUUAAAGGGCAAAAUGAUGGCAAACUUCGCGCAGUCCUUGACUUAUUGUUUGGUAGAGAGAUCGAGUUCACGGACGAACAACUACGGGAGCACAUUGACUCAAUCACCAUCGCUGGUAAUGAUACUACGGCGCUCGUCAUUGCAUACACUCUCGUCCUACUUGGGAUUCACCAGGAUGCACAGGAAAGGGUGCUACAGGAACAAGAGUCAAUAUUCGGUUCGUCCACUCGAGGGUCCACGAAAGAAGAUUUACAGCAGAUGCAUUAUCUAGAGAGAGUGAUCAAGGAGAGCAUGAGACUGUACACGGUAGUACCAAUCAUCGCAAGGAAUAUAGACAGGGAUAUUUAUCUGCCUACCUGCGGAGUAACAGUGCCAGCCGGUGCUGGUGCCGUGAUCGGAGCUUUCGCAAUCCACCAGUCAGCGGCAUGGGGACCCAAACCUGAAGUUUUUGACCCUGACAGGUUUUUACCAGAAAGGUCUCAAAAUAGACACCCAGCCGCCUUCCUGCCCUUCAGCUAUGGCUCCAGAAACUGCAUCGGACGAAACUUUGGCAUGCUUAUUAUGAAGAGCAUCAUCUCCACGGUGGUGCGGUCAUAUAAAAUAGAGGCGGACGAAAUUGGACCACUCAAAGUAGAAAUGCUCCUCUUCCCAAUUAACGGACAUCAAAUUAAAAUCUCACGGAGAACUUUAUUAAAAUAG